AUGGUCCCUACGCGUAGCGGACUAACGUCCUUAUUUUCCCUGACCACGCUCAUCAUCAGUGUGGGUAAUAUGCAUAUUAAUUACCCAUAUAUUGUGCCGAGGUUAUUUACCCGUACAUUCAAACUUGUAAUCUCCAUCCCAGUGGCCAGGGACAUGGGCGCCUAUCUGGCCAUUAAUUCAAUGGGAUUCGUGGAUGAGAAUGAAAAUCUCAUCCAUCGGAGGUUAGAAGUCAAUUGGUACGGAACUGACGAUUUGGGUCCCGAUUCUAACGUGUGGGUCAAUGUGUAUGAUCAAUCACCCGAGGGAACAACGAUUGAACCCAUUCUAAGUGCCCCAAUUAACGGUUUCACCAACCAUCACAACGUGACUGACAUCAUGUUGCCGAUAGUUACGGACGAAGAAAUGUGGAGAGUGAGCCAAUGCAUCUUCCCAUUUUGGGUCCAAUUGGUUGAUGGCACAAAUCAGGAUCCACUGACAUCGCCGCGAUGUUUGCGAAGUCAACCUUCUUGGAUGAUGGAUCACAAAGAGGCUUUCGCAGAUCUUGCCAUUGGAGAUCUGAUGCUAAUUGCCUCGCACGAUGCAGCUUCAUAUCGCUAUUAUUCAGGCGAGGAUGAGUUAACAGAACUUAUUGCCGGUCAGAUUUACACUCAAGAGGAGAGUUUGCUUCAUCAACUGAUAUGGGGAGUCCGGUUUCUAGACAUCAGGGUGGCCCAUUAUCCGGAAUUUACUGACGAGCAGUUUUGGUUGGUGCAUAGUGUGGCUUUAGUUCGGAGUCUUCGUGAAGGUAUUGAGCAAGUGCAGAAAUUUAUGAGAAAUACCGAAGAGAUCGUCAUUUGGGACACGCACACUUUUUUUCGCGAGUGGGAUGACUUGGUUCACGAAGAAUAUCUACAAAUAUUGCAAGAGGAAUUUGGAAGUUGGUGGGUCCGCCCUUCGGGAAAGGGCUGGAAUCUAACACUGGGAGACAUUUGGGAUCAAGAUGUUUUGGUCAAUGGUCAAGGAAGAAUGAUCUUUAUUAACGAGGACGCGGACCAUGCAGAUCCAAAUUUGUUUUUCCCAAACAUUCCCGAAUUUUGGGGCGAUAAAGACGAAGUUGAAGACCUAAAAGUCUAUUUGGAUAGCGUGGUAAAUGUAGUGGAAAACACUGAUGGAGAUGUUUAUCGACCUUGGAGACCCAAUUGCCAAUUAACGGGAAAUGUGGAAGACUUUCUUACCCAAAAAUAUUCUGGCCUACGUGAAAUGGCGGAUGUGGUGAAUCGUCAAAUGACUGACUGGUGGCGAACUGAUUAUCAGGACCUGACUCACGUUUACUCUCUUCACGACUACUUUCUCGGGACAGACAUGAUCCAAAUUGCCAUCGAUCGGAACUUGAAUCUGGCCAGGCAACGGAAGCUAAACUACUGACAUUGCCUGUAUUAUAUUCUUGUCAUAUCUUAGGUAUAGGUAUCUACGACCGAUCUACCAACACGGAAUAGGCUUGUCAUAGAUUCUGCUGUGGAUGGCAACUAACUUGUUUUGAGUUUGAUGAUAGCUCGUGCUCCUAGAGAGUAUAAACAUGAUGGGUAAACAAAAAAAUUAACAAAGGAAAAUAAAGUUAACGUCAUUCAUUGUUAUCUAUUUCUGAAAAAAAGGUAAACAGUGGAAUGAUUUCAAAUAAAAGGUUUCGUGCCGCCUCUGGUGAUAUUCCCCGUGCACUUCUUUGUCCAUCAUGCCAACUCAUAUGUUCCCCAAAUCCUUUCUGAGGGCAUUCGACUUUGGUUAUUGGUCGGACCAAGACCUCUCCUCCACUACUGAAAUACAUCUAAGUUUUAAUAUCUCUCGGUUGACAUCAUUCCGUGGCGCAGUCGGUUGCCCAAGGUUCUGUGGAUGAGCGACCGAUUUGCAUUGGGAUAUCGUGGAAUACUGUCCGGAUUUUCUCGAUUGGUGGUCAUCGCCAUUAGUUCUCUUGGUUUGAGCUUGCUCUUUUGCCCGAGGAUUACCUGUUUGGUUCAUGGUGGAUCCAUUGACCUCUUCCUUGCCUUUGGGGAUUCGAGCUACUUUUCAUUGUGAUCUACAGUUGGUUGGUUCGUUUCGUCAUCAUUGGUGGAUUGGUUUGAUCCAUUCUUCUUGACUUGCGGAUUUCGUGGGAUGGAGAUGGUUUUUUGUGUGGAGGAUUUUCCCAACUGAGGAUUCUACCAUUAUAUCUUACAUAUACUUGUCGUUUUAUCGAUCCGAUUUUCUCCUUGACUACUUUUUCUGCUGUAUAUUGCUGGGUACAUUACAACUUGCUAUUUGGCCCGAUUUAAAACCCAAA